CCGGCCGCGGGCACAGCCCAUGGAGUGAGCGAGUGGGCGAGGGUUUUGUCGCAUUCAUGUCUGCCCGCAGAUAGCUUCCACUCACAAUGUACAUUCGGCCACGGGAAUCUUCAAGGUCAGCAAAGAAUAAGAUAAAUCCAUAUGCAGCAAGAACAGCAGCUAGUUGUAAAUCAUUUGAGGAUAACAGGCAGACGAAUCAGAGCAGAGUGUGCAAAUAAAGGACGAGUUAUCCAUUUGACAAUCAAUCUAAAAUGGCAGCUAACAAGAAUAAGAAUCAGAGCUCGUUGGCCCUGCACAAAGUGAUUAUGGUGGGCAGUGGAGGCGUAGGCAAGUCGGCGCUAACCUUGCAGUUCAUGUACGAUGAGUUUGUUGAAGACUACGAGCCUACUAAAGCUGACAGUUACAGAAAAAAAGUUGUUCUGGAUGGUGAGGAGGUGCAGAUAGACAUCUUGGAUACUGCUGGACAGGAGGAUUAUGCAGCAAUUCGGGACAACUACUUCCGUAGUGGGGAGGGUUUUCUCUGUGUCUUCUCGAUAACUGAGCAAGAAUCUUUUACUGCCACUGUAGAGUUUAGGGAACAAAUUCUCCGUGUGAAAGCAGAGGAAGAUAAAAUCCCAUUACUUUUGGUGGGUAACAAGUCUGAUUUGGAAGAUCGGAGGCAAGUCUCUGUUGAAGAAGCAAGGAGCAAAGCAGAAGAGUGGGGAGUUCAGUAUGUUGAGACUUCAGCCAAAACACGUGCCAAUGUAGAUAAGGUAUUUUUUGAUUUGAUGAGAGAGGUCCGAGCAAAGAAAAUGUCGGAAAACAAAGAUAAAAAUGGAAAGAAGAGCAGCCGAAGCAAAAAGAGUCUCCGAGAGCGAUGUUGCAUUCUGUGAAUAUUUUUUUUUGUCUGGGGUCAGUUGACAGAAAUUUCAAUUGGGCAUUUGGUAUUCAUAUAGCCACUCAAUUUGUUUAGAAUUGGCCACUGUUUAUUGUGUAGUAAAACAGUGUUAAUUUUGAGUGUUGGGUAAUGCUGGGUACAUUGCCAAUGCAUUGCUCUGUGAAUUGUCAAAUACAUUGUAUCCUUUAGACCUCUUUAAAAAUUUCUAUUUCUUUGCUGUUUUAUUCUGGACAUUUAAAUUUACGCAACUGUUCAUAUCAAUGAUAACAUCCUUCCAUCUUCUAUUCUUGGAUUUAUUCAUCCAGUUAACUAAUUAUUCAAAACUACCUUUCAAAAUCAUUCUUGGAAAUAAUUACAGGGCAGAUUUCAAAUGCAUCAAAGUGGCAGGUCUAUAAAAGGUAGUACAUUGAAGCUGUUGUACUUCAGUUCAUCAAGGUAUAAUUUACCUUUUUAAUGUGAGAACUUAUGAUUAAAUGACAUUUGAUAAAGUAGGUAGAGCACUCAAUCCCUUUUUUGUAUAUUACCAUUUGUGAUCUUUCUACAUGUGCCAUUCAUUGGAGGAGAGGAGAAUGAUUAACCCCAACUUGCUUUUAGCUAGUGGAGGUAAAUGUUAAGAUUUAUCAAUGCAUCUGGUAGAUCUUGAACAGUCUGGAAAGCAGUUCACUGUGAAUAAUCUUAUUUUCACUGUUGUUGCUCAUCUUCAAGUUGACGCAAUAGGAAGUAUUUACUUGAGUUCACCUCCUUGCUUAAUAUCCUGGCUAAAAGAAAAAUGUUAUGGGUCAUUUUAGACCUAAUUCUCCACUAGCACUUGUCACUAUUCUCACUAGCCUUUAAUAGAUUGAUUGCACGAUACCCAUUCCACGGUUUAUACAACCCAUAUUGCAUUCUCUGCAUCCAGGUGGUGUAUUAAAAGCAGGUGGAGAUCUAGACAUCACUGUCACUUGGAUAUUCCACACUGCCACCACCACACCAGCACAAUAAUUAAGAAGGUAUUGUUUUGCGUUACUUGACUUUCUUUGGCAAAAAAUUGAAAAGUUUGAACUAUUUGUUGGAACUAAUUGUCCUAUGUGACUAAAUGCAUGUACACUAUCCUUUAUGGACUUGUGAAGGGGAAAAAAAAUCCAUUUCUUGCAGAUGUUUUGAAGAAUACAACGGACCUGUAGUGAAGUGGACCAAUAUCUUGCUGUUUUUAGACAUUUGUAAAAGAAUGAGAUUGGAUUGUACUAGUGUCUGUAAUAUCAUGUGACUGAUUUGUAUAAGAAUAUUUUGAAGUUAAGAAUGAUUUCUGAAUGGUGGUAGAUUGUUAGUGUAGUUUAAAGAUUAAAACACUAUAGCAAUUUAUUUUUUCCAUUUGCCUUAACAUGAAUUGCAUGCAAUUUGAAUUUCACCCUCUUGUAGAUAAUUGAAUCUUUCCAUGAUUUUAUUGUGACAUUUUUGUUGAGCUGAAGGGGAUGAGGUUCUAUACUAAUAAUGAACUGUGACAUUAUAUUGCCAAAUAGCUAUCCAGAUUGUUUACAGUCUUUAACAAAACUAAUUUCAAGGUUAAUUUUUCUUGAUCAGAAAAAUGUCAUCAAAAUUUGAAAAAAAAAUUUGAAGAUUUACAAAUAAAAGUUAUCAGCAUAAGUUGACUAACCUUUUGUCUCCAGCAUUCCUUCAAUCUCCAGUGUACCUCAAUGUUUACUAUUUCCCAAGCGAGUGAGACAUAGACAAUUUAAAAACUAUAUGGACACCUCUGGAUCUGGGAAAGAAAAUGUUUUUUUUUGCCCCAGCUCUCAAUAAGUGGUAUAAAGAAUUGUCUGAAAUUCAUCCUAGUCAACCAGUACUAAACAUGGGUUUGUACCUCAUAAAGGGAAACAUUACAGAAACAGUGUACCUUUGCUCUGGUGUGAUUAAUGAAAUGGUAUGUUCACUGCUGAAACCAGGAAUGAAUUCUGAGGCAUGAUCACUGACAGUGCAAAUCCUCUAAGUAUGAAAAACUGGUGCAAAAUCACAUGCUACUUUAAAGAUUCAGUCAGGUGAGAAAUGGAAUUUUAAGUACCACAUUAGUGUAAGAUGGUUAAACUCUUAUCAAUGUGCUUGGAUUGAAGGACAGCAAUAUGUGGUUUAACAAACUGAGCCGUGCAUUUUGGUAUUGAAUUAAGAGAAAAUGCUUGUUCUAUAUUUCUACUUGCUCCACCAUUUUACACUGAUUCCCAUCUCAAUUUUGCAUUUCUUUUGCUGCCAUUGCUCUUGAGGUAAAUCUGCUGAUUAACACCAGCAAGCUGAUGGUUUCACAGAUCAGUUUUGAUAUUCCAACAAGCUUCUUGCCUUUCAAAUAAACUGUCCAAGACAUUAGUGAGACUACUUGAACUGUACUUGGAGUAGCUCUGGUUGUUUAACUACGAAAGGAUGGCAGCAUUAAGAUCAAAUGUACAGAAAAGAUUUGCAAGGACUUUAUGGUUUAGGCUAAAAAGAGAUUAUGGGUUGGGACUGUUUUCUCUGGAGCAUAAGAGACCAAGAAGUAACCUUGGGGUUUAUAGAAGGUAAAUUAUCAGCCAUGGUAGGGGGCUAAAAACUAAAGGAAAUAGAUUAGGGGGAGACAUGGGGGAGCUUUGAAGGUCUUGGAACAGGUUUUUCAUACAAGGUGCCAGAGAAGAUGGUAGGGGUGGGUACAAUUACAAUGUUUAAAGGUACAUAGAUGGGAAAAGUUUUGAGGGAUGUGGGCCAAACGCACUCAAAUUGGACUAGCUCAAGUAGGUUCCUUGGUUGGCAUUGCAUGAAUUGGGCUGAAAAAUUGACUCUAUUGAUGGAUGUCUGUCAUAUCCAACAAUGAUGGGAAGCCUGUGCAGGAGAGCUUUUAAAAUGGAAAAAUCAUUUCCCUGGGGCAACUCCCUUCUUAUCUUGGAAGCCAGGGUCCAGUGGUAAGAGCAAUCAUCACAAACUGGGGAUUUCCUUGGUUGCAAUAAAUAACCAUGAUUUCUGUGCCUUGUCAUGCUCUUUGCUCUUCUCAGAACAUUGCAGAAGUGACAUCCUAGCUGUUGGAUCUCAGUUGAUCUUAUCCACCCAGUGUGCUGGAGCUGACUUCACAUGCUAGGACAGGCAUGUUCCUAUCUCACUGGAGUGCGAAUUCCAUCACACCUCACCUGGUUCAACCCGCUUGUUGAAGUUGUGUUUGGGUCACUCAGCUCUUGACUGUGGUUCCAAGUAGUUGUUGCAUGCAACAGCAGCCACAUGCUGGUUCCAACUCCAUAAUCAGCUGUGUUUGGCAAUCCACUUUGUCAUCAAUACAUUGCAUUCCUUUAGACCGCCUACAGUAUGGUGCAAAAGUUUUGGAUGUGUAUAUGAUCUCCAAGGUGCCUAAGUACAGUAGUAAUUUUAUGUAUUGCACUGCACUGCUACAAAAAAAACAAUUUUCAUAACAUGUGAGUAAUGAUAAACCUGAUUCUGAUAUAGGUCUCUAUUGUGGACUGAGAGUAGGAAGGAGGCAGGAAGAGGGAAAUCAUGGUUGAGAUCAGGAAAGGAGAGUGGAGAGAGCAGGAAGCACCAGGGAGACAUUUUCUAAUGAUCAAUAAACCAAUUGUUUGGAAUUAAAUGACUUUGCAGGAGUCUUGGGGCUGGUUAUAUCUAUAUCUGUGCCACUGCUCCAACAAUCCUUCUCUACCACCUGUCCUGUGGCAUUCCACCUUCUCCUUUCCCAAAUCCUUUGCUCCCACCAGAUUUACAAUCUCGCUAUUCAUUCCACAUUGACAAAUACAAUACUCUGCAAAUGUCUUGGGCAUCCUGGCUUUAUUUAUACAUUAAUUUUAUAUAUAUAAAAAUUAGACCUUUGCGUAAUACUGUAACCUUAAUUUGUUCAGGGCAGGAGUUUUUAAUCCUAUGGAAAAUACUAAAUAAAAAUGUUCUUUGUCAUUUAUGGUUGUGGCAUUUUGUUGCAAUCGUAAUUUAUAAAGGCAGCUUGUUAGCAAACUAUUUGACAAAAUGUAAUUGAUCUUGCAUUUAGGGUAGAAUGACCUAGGGAAAUUGUGUUUUGAAGUGUUUCCUGGCAUGCUAUCAUCCAUUUACUUUUCCAUUGCACAUUCUGAUAAUUAUGCAAAUCAAACUUUGUGUUGAAAUAAAAUUGGAAGGUUGGGAAUUUUACAUGGUGCUGUAUUCUUUGGAACCUUUGAGUUUUUGGCCCACAUCUUCAGCUAAUAUGCUGCCUUCUCCAAAAUCUAUUAAAUUGAUUAUGUAAUGUCAAUAUUUUCAGCAUUUUGAUCAAAUAUAAAUCUGUUCAAGGCAUUCUGGGUUCAUAAAUAGAGUUCAAGUAUUCUAAUUGUGUAAAAAGUUCAGUGUUUUGUUGGUCAAUAUUCUAAUCAUGGUCAACUCUAUUGGACUUCACAGUACAUUACUUCAAAGAUCCUUGAAGAUUCAGAUGUAUUUAUCACAAGUCUAUCAAAACAUACAGAGAAAUGUAUAAUUUGUAUUAACAACUAACAAAAAUGUGCUGGGGGCAGCCUGCAUGCAUUUCCACACAUUCUGGUGCUAAAAUAGCAUGUACACAAUGUUCAACACAAUGAAUAACACCUUAAUUGUAAAUUCAGCAUCUCUCAAGUCUAAGUAAAACAAUCUUUUCCAGUUAUCCAGUAAAAGCCAUGUCUUUGAUGUUUUAAGUUUUGAAAUUAGGACUGAUUUCCCAUUUUUGUCAGUUAACUUUAUAGGAAGCCUUCCUAGGUAAGUAUUUUCAUGGUCUAUUCUGUUUUAUAAACAUGCUAGUCAUUGAUAUUUUGAACAGUUUGCUGCUUUUUUGUGUACCAUCUGAACAGGUAAUUGUGAAUGCUCAUACAAUCAGUGGCCACUUUCUUAGGUAUCUCCUGUACCUAAUAAGUGGCAAUUGAGUGUGUGUUCAUGGUCUUCUGCUCUUCUGCACAACGCUGUUUUAAUGCGUGGUUAUCUGAGUUACUGUUGCCUUGUCAUCUUGAACCCAGUCUGACUAUUCUCCUCUGACCUCUGUUUUGCCCACAAACUGCCAUUCACUGGGUGUUUUUUUUUUGUGUGUUUUUUUUUUGCACCAUUCUCUAAACUCCAGAGACCGUUGAGUGUUUUUAAAAAAACAAACAAACAAACAAACCAAUCUAGGAGAUCAGCAGUUUCUGAGAUACUCAAACAACUCCAUCUGGCACCAGCCAAUCAUUCCACUGUCAAAAUCACUUAAAUCACAUUUCUUCUCCAUUCUAUUGUUUGGUCUGAACAACUGAACCUUUCUCUUGACCAUGCCUGUUUGUUUUUAUGCAUUGAGUUGCUGCCACAUGACUGGCUAAUUAGAUAUUUGUAUUAAUGAAUAGGUAUACAAGUGUACCUAAUAAAGUGGCCACUGAGUGUAUGUCAGUUCUCAUCUGAAUUAUACUUUGGUGCUUGCUGUGUUCAGGUCCUUGAGGAUAAAUCUGGAAUGGUAAAUUCAAGACACCACCAGUAAUCUAUUGUUUAGAAUCUCAGAUCUGAAGGGAAAUAGGCAGAUUAUUGCAUUAAUUUGUAUUCAAUAGGUUUAAUGUUUGAUUUUGGAGACAUUGCAAUGUAAUUUAUGCUUUCUAUUGUAAAAACAAACUUGAGUAUUUUAUUGUUGCGUACCUCCCCAUCUGAAAUGGGGUGCUUCUGUACAUUUACCAUGAAUGUCUGUUUUUUUUAAACUUUGUAUAUUUCACAUUCUUUGUCACAAUGUUACUUGCCAAAUUUAUACUACAUUCAAAGUAGGCUGUACAGAGUUAAAUUAACACUGCAGCAGUAAAUUGAAAUAAAACUGUACAGUGUGUGAAUUAGAAUAUUUACCUGUAUCUAAUUAAUACAGCAAGCAUUAAUUUGAUGUUUAAUUAAGUUUCUAACUUUAUGGCUUCAAUAUGUAUUAUUAGUGAAUGCAAUAAAAAUUUCUUUUGAUGA